UUGAAUGAUAGUAUCCAGUGGGCAUUCGUCGCGAAAAGGUUGUGAUUGUAGGUAGCAAUUUCCAUUGAGGUUUCACUAAUUACGAAGUUAAGAGAUUUGAACCAGAACAUGCAAGCGUUUUCAAAUCAUCCUACCGGGCUACUUCCGGUUGAGGAAAACUACGAUCCGAACAAACCGUCGAUCAAGGAGUUCUACGCCGGGAGGGACAUCUUCAUAACGGGCGGGACGGGUUUCAUGGGUAAGGUGUUGAUCGAGAAGUUGCUGCGGUCCUGUAGCGGACUGAAUCGUAUAUUUAUCCUGUUGCGAGAGAAGAAAUCCAAGACCACUAAUGAUCGUCUUCGGGAGAUUCAGGAACUACCGCUGUUCGAGGUGCUGCGUAGACAAGAUCCCAACGCCUUGAGCAAGAUGAUCCCGAUCAAGGGCGAUGUGUCGCAGCUGGAAUUGGGAAUGUCAGACGAGGACAGAAAACGGAUGAGUGAGGUUUCGGUGAUCUUCCACGUGGCGGCUAACGUUCGAUUUGACGACCCGCUGAAGGAUGCCGUGAUUCUAAAACACUCGCGGCACCCGAGAGAUGAUUCGUUUUGCGGAAUCUCUGAAGAAUCUUUGCGUAAUGAUGCAUGUUUCGACGACCUACUCCAACCCGGACAAAUAUAUUAUUGAGGAGAAGAUCUAUCCUCCGUACGCGGAUUGGGAGAAGACCAUCAAACUGGCCGAAGAAAUGGACACGCAAACGCUUGGAAACCUUUGCCCCGAAGUACAUGGGAAUGUUGCCGAACACUUACGUGUUCACCAAAUCCUUGGCCGAGCAUAUUCAUCAACGACUACCGGGACAGGCUGCCGUUGAUCCUCUUCCGGCCGUCGAUCGUCAUCUCGAGCAUGCGUGAUCCGAUCCCCGGUUGGAUCGACAACUUUAACGGACCGGUAGGGCUGCUGGUGGGCAGCGGUAUCGUCUUUGCAGAAACCAUGUACUGCGAUCCGAACAAUGUCGCAGACUACACGCCGGUAGACGUCUGCAUCAAAGCGAUGAUCGUGGCAGCGUGGAAGAAGGGAACCGCCGUUGUCCAGAGGACCCCCGUAUCGCCGGAUUCCCCGCAGCUGCCGGUGUACAACUGUUGCAUCUCCAAUCUGCGCAACUGUACCAUGUCGCAGAUCGUCGAAAUGGGCAAGGUGCUCUCCAACGACAUCCCGCUGGAUCGGUGCGUUUGGGCUCCGGGCGGCGGCAUCACGCAGAUCAAGAUCCUGAACACCAUCCGGGUGGUGCUGUACCACAUCAUGCCGGCCAUACUGCUAGAUGCGCUUCUACGGGCCACGGGCCAGAAACCAUUUGUGGCAAAGCUGCAACGGAAAAUUUAUAACGCCAACGUUGCACUGGAAUACUUCAUCCGCAACAAUUGGGACUUCAGGAACGACAACUUCAUCCAUUUGGCCUCGGAGAUAAAACCGGAGGAUAACAAGGACUUCUACUAUCGCGACUUCAUCGAAUUCGACAUAACGCUGUACUUCAGAAACUGCAUCCUCGGGGCUCGUCGAUACCUACUCCAUGAAAAGGACGAAAAUAUUCCGAAAGCUUUGAAGCACUAUCGGCGCAUGAAAGUUUUGGACAAAGUAUGCAAGUUUCUGAUCGUGUCCGGAUUCCUGUACCUAAUUCUGAUCAAGUCGGACCUGUUAGGGCUAUCACUUUACAUGGCUUCCUAUAAGACCGAAUACGAUCUACAGCGAUGAUCUAAUUGUUUGAAUAAUCAUUUCUUACUGUUUUCAAUAAAAGUAUACGGAGAGCA